UGCCGCCGCGGCCGCCGCCGCGGCCGCCGCCGCCGUCGCCGCCAUUUUCCCAGAGAGAGGCAGUGACACUGAGCGGGCGCAGGGGGCCGAGUCGGAGACCGUGCUUGAGUUCGGGAGCGGCAACAGAGGGGGCACAGACACUCUGAGCAGCCUCGCCGUCGCCUCUGCGUUCCUGCUGACUAUCUCGGUGCCCCCUCCCCUACUCCUCGAUUGCUGGUGAAGAGGCUGCGCGCUGCUGUUUGGGGAGGGGUUGUGUGGAGCCGGGUCCGGUGUCCGCAGUGGCUGCUGUCGAGGGGUCGUCUGAUCGUAGAGGUGUGGAGAGACGCCUUGGGGGUCGAGCAAAUAACGGGGUUCGGGUGUCUGGUGUGUGAACAUCACAGGGUUUGUGGAUGCACUUAGAUGUUUGCAAUGAGCACUGUGGCUGGCAUGCCCCAGUGUUUUGGAUACCAAUGCAUAGGACUCCAUAGUAAUCGAAUUUAUCAGAGGCGAACGUCAUGAGCAUAGUGAUCCCAUUGGGGGUUGAUACAGCAGAAACGUCAUACUUGGAAAUGGCUGCAGGCUCAGAACCAGAAUCCGUAGAAGCUAGCCCUGUGGUAGUUGAGAAAUCCAACAGUUAUCCCCACCAGUUAUAUACCAGCAGCUCGCAUCAUUCACACAGUUACAUUGGUUUGCCAUAUGCGGACCAUAAUUAUGGUGCUCGUCCUCCUCCAACACCUCCAGCCUCCCCUCCUCCAUCAGUUCUUAUUAGCAAAAAUGAAGUAGGCAUAUUUACCACUCCUAAUUUUGAUGAAACUUCCAGUGCUACUACAAUCAGCACUUCUGAGGAUGGAAGUUAUGGUACUGAUGUAACCAGGUGCAUAUGUGGUUUUACACAUGAUGAUGGAUACAUGAUCUGUUGUGACAAAUGCAGUGUUUGGCAACAUAUUGACUGCAUGGGGAUUGACAGGCAGCAUAUUCCUGAUACAUAUCUAUGUGAACGUUGUCAGCCUAGGAGUUUGGAUAAAGAGAGGGCGGUGCUACUACAACGUCGGAAAAGGGAAAACAUGUCAGAUGGUGAUACCAGUGCAACUGAGAGUGGUGAUGAAGUUCCUGUGGAAUUAUAUACUGCAUUUCAGCAUACCCCAACAUCGAUUACUUUAACUGCUUCAAGAGUUUCCAAGGUUAAUGAUAAAAGACGGAAAAAAAGUGGAGAGAAAGAACAAAACAUUUCAAAAUGUAAAAAAGCCUUUCGUGAAGGAUCUAGGAAAUCAUCAAGAGUUAAGGGUUCGGCACCAGAGAUUGAUCCUUCAUCUGAUGGUUCAAAUUUUGGAUGGGAGACAAAAAUCAAAGCAUGGAUGGAUCGAUAUGAAGAGGCAAAUAAUAAUCAAUAUAGCGAGGGUGUUCAGAGGGAGGCACAAAGAAUAGCUCUGAGAUUAGGCAAUGGAAAUGACAAAAAAGAAAUAAAUAAAUCAGAUUCGAAUACCAACAAUUUGCUUUUCAAACCUCCUGUAGAGAGCCAUAUACAAAAAAAUAAGAAAAUUCUGAAAUCUGCAAAGGAUUUGCCUCCUGAUGCACUCAUCAUUGAAUACAGAGGGAAGUUUAUGCUAAGAGAACAAUUUGAAGCAAAUGGAUAUUUCUUCAAGAGACCAUACCCUUUUGUUUUAUUCUAUUCUAAAUUUCAUGGGCUAGAAAUGUGUGUUGAUGCAAGGACUUUUGGGAAUGAGGCUCGAUUCAUCAGGCGUUCUUGUACACCCAAUGCAGAGGUGAGGCAUGAAAUUGAAGAUGGAACCAUACAUCUUUACAUUUAUUCUAUACAAAGUAUUCCAAAGGGAACUGAAAUUACUAUUGCCUUUGAUUUUGACUAUGGGAAUUGUAAGUACAAGGUGGAUUGCGCAUGCCUCAAAGAAAACCCGGAGUGCCCUGUUCUAAAACGUAGUUCUGAGUCCACGGAAAAUAUCAACAGUGGUUAUGAGACCAGAAGGAAAAAAGGAAAAAAAGAAAAGGAUAUUUCAAAAGAAAAAGAUACACAAAAUCAGAAUAUUACCUUGGAUUGUGAAGGAACAACCAACAAAAUGAAAAGCCCAGAAACUAAACAGAGAAAGCUUUCUCCACUGAGACUAUCAGUAUCAAAUAAUCAGGAACCAGAUUUUAUUGAUGAUAUAGAAGAAAAAACUCCCAUUAGCAAUGAAGUGGAAAUGGAAUCUGAGGAGCAGAUUGCAGAAAGGAAAAGGAAGAUGACAAGAGAAGAAAGGAAAAUGGAAGCAAUUCUGCAAGCUUUUGCCAGACUUGAAAAAAGAGAGAAGAGAAGAGAACAAGCUUUGGAAAGGAUCAGCACCGCCAAAACGGAAGUGAGAACUGAAUGUAAAGAUGCCCAGGUUGUCAACGAUGAAGUUAUUCAGGAACAAGCAAAAGAAGAAACUGCUAGCAAGCCAACCCCUGCCAAAGUGAACAGAACCAAACAGAGGAAAAGUUUUUCUCGCAGUAGGACUCACAUUGGACAGCAGCGUCGGAGACACAGAACUGUCAGCAUGUGCUCAGAUAUCCAACCAUCUUCUCCAGAUAUAGAAGUUACAUCACAACAAAAUGAUAUUGAAAAUACUGUACUUGUAUUAGAACCAGAAACUGAAACUACACUAACAGAAAUAGUUACUGAAACUGAAGUUCCAGCACUUAAUAAAUGUCCUACAAAGUACCCCAAAACAAAGAAGCACUUGGUCAGUGAAUGGUUAAGUGAGAAGACUGAGAAGACAGGAAAACCUUCAGACAGCCUUUCAGAAAGACCUCUGCGCAUAACCACAGAUCCCGAAGUGUUAGCUACACAGCUCAAUUCCUUACCAGGUCUCACUUACAGCCCCCAUGUAUACUCUACUCCCAAGCACUAUAUUAGAUUUACUUCACCAUUCCUUUCAGAAAAAAGGAGAAGAAAAGAACCUACUGAAAACAUUUCUGGCUCAUGCAAGAAGCGAUGGCUGAAACAGGCUCUAGAGGAGGAAAACUCAGCUGUUUUACAUAGAUUUAAUUCACCCUGUCAAGAAAGAUCCAGAAGUCCUACAGUCAAUGGUGAAAGUAAAAGUCCACUACUAUUAAAUGAAAGCUGUUCCCUUCCAGAUUUAACUACACCACUAAAAAAACGAAGACUUUAUCAGUUGCUAGAUUCUGCUUACUCAGAAACCUCCACACCUACUCCUUCACCCUAUGCUACACCAACUCAUACAGAUGUUACUCCAGUGGACCCAUCAUUUGCCACUCCUCCACGAAUAAAAUCAGAUGAUGAAGCUUGUAGAAAUGGUUAUAAGCCCAUAUAUUCACCAGUUACCCCAGUAACUCCUGGCACACCAGGAAAUACCAUGCACUUUGAGAAUAUUUCUUCCCCAGAAAGUUCUCCAGAAAUUAAGAGACGCACUUAUAGUCAAGAGGGAUAUGACAGAUCUUCAACGAUGUUAACAUUGGGGCCUUUUAGAAAUUCUAGUUUAACUGAACUGGGUCUACAAGAAAUAAAGACUAUUGGUUAUACCAGCCCUAGGAGUAGGACUGAAGUCAACAGGCAGUGCCCUGGAGAAAAGGAAUCUGUGUCAGACCUUCAACUGGGACUUGAUGCAAUCGAGCAAACUGCCUUACAUAAAACCAUGGAAACACCAACACAUGACAGGACCGAUUCUAACAGCCAACUGGAAUCUGCUCACUCUGGACGGGGUACAAUAUAUUCUUCCUGGGUAAAGAGUCCUGACAGAACAGGCGUUAACUUCUCAGUGAACUCUAACUUGAGGGACCUGACACCCUCACAUCAGUUGGAGGUUGGAGGAGGCUUCCGAAUAAGUGAGUCAAAGUGCCUGAUGCAGGAUGAUACUAGAGGCAUGUUUAUGGAAACACCUGUGUUCUGUACUUCAGAAGAUGGGCUUGUAUCUGGUUUCGGACGGACUGUUAAUGACAAUUUGAUCGACGGAACUUGCACACCCCAGAACCCACCACAAAAGAAAAAGGUUUCUCUGUUAGAAUACCGUAAAAGACAACGUGAAGCCAGGAAAAGUGGCUCUAAGGCAGAACACUUUCCCCUGGUUACUGUGUCCCCGCACGCCAGUGGGAACCUGAGCAGCAGCCACAGUGAUGGAUGUGCCAGCAGGAGUGACAGCGGGGAGCAGGCAGAGGGCACUGGCGGUCCGCCUUUACUGGCACCAGCCUCAGCUCAGAGCACUACUGCAGAAGACACCAGCAGCAGCAGUCCCGGCAAGGAAGUUUCCGCAAGCGAGAAGACCGAGCCUGUGCAGUGGACUGCCUCAACUUCAGUGGAGCAAGUGCGAGAAAGGAGUUACCAGAGAGCUUUACUUCUCAGUGAUCACCGAAAAGAUAAAGACAGUGGGGGAGAAUCACCCUGUGUCCCAUGUUCACCGAGUCAUGUUCCGUCUUCACCUUCAUCUCAUUCAAAUCACAUUCCCCAGUUGCAACCCAAGGUCCCAGUCCCUUCUUUCAGUGAACUUAUGGAAGAUCCUGAUCCUGAAAAUCCAGAACCUAUGACUACAAAUGAAUAUCCAUCUCCAGAUACUUCUCAAAAUAGUUGUAAAAGCCCUUCAAAAAUGAACAAGCCUGGUUCCCCAGGACCUGUAAUUCCUGCCCAGCCGCAUGGGAAAAUACUCACGAAACCCGAUUCGCACUGGGAGGCAGCAGUUCCUGUGUCAGAAGCUGAGAACGGUGUUCACCUGAAACCGGAACUCCCACAGCAGCAGCUACUGAGCACGGCCCAAGCACUUUCCAAGGGUCACCCUCCUCAGCAGCUGCCACAGAAGCUGCCCUCUGCGCCCGGCAAGUUGCACUGUCCGCCAUCCCCGCACACAGAAAACCCUCCAAAGCCCUCGACGCCCCACACGCCUGCCCAGCACGGUUAUCUCUCACCAAAGCCUCCUGCCCAGCAGCUGGGGUCUCCCUACAGGCCGCACCAUUCCCAGUCACCUCAAGUUGGAACACCUCAGCGAGAGCCUCAGAGAAACUUCUAUACAGCAGCACAGACCCUUCAAGCCACCACGCAGCAGGCGACCUCGGGAGCGUUAUUCACACAGACACCCUCAGGACAAUCGUCGGCAACUUACAGUCAGUUUUCCCAACCGAGUCUGACGGCCGUGGCGCCGCCCCCUCCGCCCCCUCCGCCCCCUUCUUCGUCUUAUUAUCAGAACCAGCAGCCCUCUGCGAACUUUCAGACUUAUAAUCAGCUUAAAGGUAGUCUGUCCCAACAAACUGUGUUUACAUCAGGACCAAAUCAAGCACUUCCAGGCACCACCAGCCAGCAAGCCGUUCCGGGCCACCACGUGGCUCCGGGCCACUUUCUGCCCCCCCAGAACCCCCCAAUUCACCACCAGACGGCUGCUGCUGUGGCCCCGCCGCCGCCCCCCGCCAGCGUGCUGGCUGCCGGGCACCACCCGCCUCAUCAAGGACCUCCACUCUUUCCUUCAAGUGCUCACCCCGCUGUGCCGCCAUACCCUUCACAAGCUGCACACCACGCCACUUUGGGACCGGGAGCCCAACACCAGCCUUCUGGGACAGGGCCACAUUGUCCACUACCAGUCGCAGGUCCUCACCUCCAGCCCCAAGGACCAAACAGUAUUCCAACUCCUACUGCUUCAGGGUUCUGUCCUCAUCCUGGCUCUGUGGCCCUGCCACAUGGGGUUCAGGGACCUCAGCAGGCAUCUCCAGUGCCUGGACAGAUACCAAUUCACAGAGCACAGGUGCCACCAACAUUUCAGAACAAUUACCAUGGUUCGGGGUGGCAUUAAAAUGGACUCCAAAAACAUUUUUUAAAAUGUUCUGUAAGAUAAACUGUAUAUUUCAUAUGUACCUGUUAAGGUACUUUUUAAAGCUUGUACAUGAAACUUUGUAUAAAAAAAAAAAAAACCAGAACACCAGUGCUCUUUCAUUGUAUCUUUCCCAUUUUUGCUUUGUAAAAUUCCUUUAAAAAUGUGCUAUUAAACCAGUAGUAGGUAUCUUUAUUUUGUAAGUGAACAUUCCAGCUGUUUUACUGGCACUAGAAUUGAUGCUUCACGACCUUUAAAUUUUAUUGUUGCAGUUAAAAUUCAUUUAGUGGAUGUUUUCUGUAUUAUUUUAUACAUAUACAUUAAGUACAAACCUAAGUAAUGGCACUAUGAGGAUUUUCAUUUUUUUCCAUCAGCAGCUCUGUGAGUGCAUCUUAGAUAUAAAAAACCGCAAUACAGAUUUUUAUAGUUUGGUGUGGACAUGGCUCAUUUUGUUUUAUCGGUUAUUUGCAAGCAAAAUGUAAUUUAAUGUAUAGAUGAUUUUUAAUGUCUCCUGACAAACUGUAAAUACCGCAUUUCUUUUGCAUAUAUAAUUGCUUACGGCUUUCCUCAUUUGAUAUAUAGCAUUGUACAUAUGACAAGUCUUUGCAAAACUGUGUGACCUUUGUGAAAGUAGUACAGUAUAUGGCCUUUAAUUUCUUUUUUAUUUUAAAUAUACUGUCACAUUGAAGCACUGGUUGAGCAUUUUAAUUCAUGUUAAUAAAUCACAAUUAUGUCAGUUUUA